AUGCUCGACGUCGCCCUCGCCGCCCUUUUCUGCGCAUGGCUCGCCUGCUGCCUCCUCGUCCGCCGCCCCGCCUCCGCCUCCGCCGCCUCCCGCUCCUCCUCCCUCCCUCCCGGCCCGCCCCGUCUUCCCGUCGUGGGCAACGCCCACCAGGUUCCGUUUGCCCACCAGCACAAGACCUUUGCCGCCUGGAGCUUGUCCUACGGCCCCAUCAUCUACGCCCAGUUCCUCAGCACCCGCAUCGUCAUCCUCAGCUCCGCCCAGGCCGCCCAAGACCUCCUCGAAAAGCGCGGCGCCAUCUACUCUGACCGCCCCCAUUCCGUCCUCCUCCACGAUGUCAUCGACUACAUGCCAAAUCCCGUCUGGCUGCCCUACUCCCAUCAGUGGCGCAAGCAGCGCCGCUGGUACCACUCCGUCCUCUCCCCCGACGUCUUCCAACCCCUCCAGCACCGCGAGUCUCUCCAGCUCGUCGCAGACAUCCUCCGCGAGCCCAGCGCCUUCAUCUCCCACUCCAAAAGGUACACCGCCGCCAUGAUGAUGGAGGUCGCCUACGGCCGCUCCGUCCCUAGCUCCCACGAUGGCUUCCUUGCCCUUGUCAACUCUACCCUCGAAGGGCUCGCUCAGCUCGGUGGCCCCGCCGCCACCGUCCUCGAUUUCAUGCCCUUCCUGCGCCAUAUUCCCACCUGGUCUUGGUUCCCGGGCUCCAGUACCAAGCGCCACGCCCUCUGCGUACGUGCCGGCAUCCAGGCCAUGAUGGACAUCCCCUAUCAGAAAGUCAAGACCGACAUGGCUGCGGGCAAGGCAAAACCGUCCUUCCUCCGUAUGCUCAUCGACGGCCAGCCCAUGGCUUCGACCGAUGAGGAGCGCGAGAUGAGCUGCGCCGCCAGCAUGAUGUAUGCCGCCGGGUCGGACACGACGGUCACUGUGCUCCUGACCUUCAUUCUCGCCAUGGUGCGCCACCCCCGUGUGUUCGAAAAAGCCCAGGCCGAGGUGGACGCCGUCGUGGGACGCGCGCGCCUCCCAGUUUUUUCCGACCGCGCGGCGAUGCCAUACUUCGAGUGUGUCCUCCGCGAAGUAUACAGGUGGAACGCGCCCUCGCGCGCAGGUGUCCCGCAUCGUGUGAUGGAAGACGACGAGUACGCCGGGUACCGCAUCCCCCGCGGCGUCAUGGUCCUUCCGAACGUCUGGAUGAUGACCCGCGAUCAGGACGAGUAUGGCCCGGACGUGGACCAGUUCCGCCCGGAGCGGUUCGCAGAGAUGAGCGCGGAAGAGAUGGAGAGGAAGGAUCCGCGGCGGCUCGUGUUUGGCUUCGGUCGGCGGUGCGUGCUCCCCCGCCCUCUCCCUCACCACACGUGGCGCUGA